AGCGCGUUUGGCAGCUCGCGCAGGCGUCGGGGUGUGCCCCUCCGCCAAACGGGCAGCCGCUUCAGAAGCCACGGUUAUCGUGCAUACAACUGCAAAGGAAGUCGUAAUACUUCUAGGAAUGGGCGUGAAGGUCUUUUAAGUUUUUGCCGGCUCGGGUGAUUGAAACUGUCUUAGAAAGUAUUACAAGUUGAUUAAUAACUCGACACAGGUAUUUCUGCCUCAGUGCUAAACACACACGUCUCGAGACUUGAAGUCUGGGUUCCAACCAGCUCGCUUUCUAUCGUAGAGCUCGCUCGAAACCCGCUCAUCUACAGCGCACGAAUUCUACCAAGGUAACCGUGGCCUCCAAGCAGACAUCAGCGUUGCAGCAAUGCGCGGCCGCGCGCUCCUGAGCCGCUACCGUAGCGCGGCGGGGGUGUCCCUGCCACGCGCCUGCCCUGCCGUAGUCACCCGCACCGGCAACCCCGUUCAGGAAUGGGACGCGGCAGCCGAGUACCGUGCGGGAUGUCUCGCCGACUUCGUUGCCACACGGGGCGCCGCACCCCAAGAGCCAGGUGGCAGAAGCACCGGCACCGACACUGCUGCAGCUGAGCGGCUGUUGCGCACAUCGUUCCGAGUGUGGGACGGGCCACUGGCAGGCAUUGCACACGUGGAGGGUCAGUUCAAGGCGCUGUACGAGGGCCCAAAGGGCGAGGAGGCGGCGGCUCAGUCGCCGCCGACAGAUGAUCUUGCAGAGGCUCUGGCGGCUGACUUGGAGGCACUGCUGGCCGCCGCCCGGGCCGCCCGCCACGUGGUGUACGACAUCAGCGGCAGCGAAUCUGAUUUCGGGCUACUGCCGCUAAUACUGGAGCCGCGCCGCAGCAGCGGCCGCGGCAGCAGCAGCAAGGAGCCAUGUGGUACCGGCAGUAGCAGCGGUGGCGCCGGCCUGCACGAGGGCGUUGAGGGGACGGCACGAGGCACGGAGGCAGAGGGCGCAUGGUGGUCGGUGGCGGAGGCGGUGGCAGCGCCGCUGACAUGGGGCGAGGUGGCGGCGAGCCUGGGCGUGUUGGCGCCGGAGCUGGUGGUGGCGCUGGCACCGCCGGAGCAGAACGUGUUCCAUGACCGUGAGACCUUCUGGAGGCACAUGUGGGAGCGGCACAUCAGCCGACUUGGCGGCGGAGCCGCCCGAGAGGGCGACGGCGGCGGCGGAGAGGGCGUCCCGUGCCCGCCGCCACCCCUGGACUCGCUAGCGGCAGUGGACGCGUCAAGUGCAUCCGCAGCUGCUGCAAGCGGCGCCAGCGGUGGCGGAGAUGCCAGCGGCGCAGCCCCUUCGUCUGCUGCCGCCAUGGCCGACGCGGUCCGGUGCUUUCUUGAUGCGGUGCAGCUGCCCAGUGCUGCGGCUGCUACUGCUGGUGGUGACGGUGGCGGCUGUAGCAGUGCGGCGCAGCAGCCGGCGGUGAUGCAGGUGUUUCUAGGUCUGGACGUGCUGGGGUGGAACCCCAUUCCACUGAUGUGGUUGGGCCGCUCACGGCGCAGUGGGGCCAUCCUGGGGCUCAUGACGGCUGUGGUGUGGACUUGAGCGGCUUUCUAAAAUUUGGUGGUUGGGGUUGUGCGGGAGGAAGGCCGGGAGCUGUGUGUGCCGGUCGGAGAAUCGGAGCAGGCAAGCUCGUAGAGGCAUAGAGAGGCCUGACGAGGCGUAGUGGCAGUGGCAGUCAGUGCUGCAGGCGCUGAUCGUGCGGUUUGUGCUUCCCGAUGUACUGCUAGCCGUGACAUAAUGUCAAAUCUUUUGGCUGCGCGUUGCCAUGUUUGCAAAGCAUCCCGAUGACGUUGUUGGGGUUGUGAGGAGGGCACUAUGCGUUAGUGUCCGUGCUGUGUGCUCGUUGGUGCUGUUGCGAUGGAUUUGCUUGGAUUGCUGCCAUGUGCCCUUUUGCAUGUAAUUUACAC